UUCCAGCCAUGCUGUGUGAGAGCAGACUAUGGAGCAUGACCUACUGUAGUGACCAGGAUAGACUGGACCCUCUCCCCCCUAUAAUAGAGCCCCCCAGGAUGAGCGUGAAGGCUGGGUCAGAGCCGGCUGCAGCCACCCUGCUUCAGGCCUCUCCAGGCCAGCCAAGCAGAAAUGGCCACUCCAUCCUCAGUAGAGUGCUCCAAAGCCAGAGGCCCUCCCAGGCGAGUGCCCAAAUCCAGCCACAGGCUUUAUCUCCACCGCAGGACCUGCAUUCCCAGAAGCCCCAUCCUGACAGACACAUCUCCCCAGAGAUGGAGAUCCCUGGGCAGGCUUGUUCCGGUGGUGAGGUCCCCUUCCUGGUGCCCUCCUUCUGCCAGAGCAUCUGUCAGAACUACAGCGACCUCCACAUGGGGGUGACCAGGUGCUGCCUCUCGGCCCACAAUAACUCGCAGCUCAACCGCUACCUGGAGAACAAGAUACUGGACCUGUAACAAUAGUACAUGCUGGAGAACAUGGCCCGUGAUGGGGGCUGUGGUGAGGGCUUGCCCUGCCCUCUGCUGGCCUCAGAGUUGAUUCUUACCAGCCUGGAUCAGAUCACCCUGCAGCUGAGCCGUGAGGGCCAUCUGGAAGCGGGCCGGGCCAAAGACAUGGUGCUCAGCUGCCUACUGAGGGUGGCCAGCGGCCUGCAGUCCAGUGAGAUCAAUACUCCCCUGCUCCAGAUCUCCAUGGAUCUGCAGCUCCCCACUGAUACUGCUACUGGUGCUGCUGCUAGUGGUGCAACUGCUACAUCUACUGCUACUGGUGCUGCUGCUAGUAGUGCUACUGCUACAUCUACUACUACUGGUGCUGCUGCUAGUGGUGCUACUGCUACAUCUACUACUACUGGUGCUACUGCUACAUCUACUACUACUGGUGCUGCUGCUAGUGGUGCUAGUGCUACAUCUACUACUACUGGUGCUGCUGCUAGUGGUGCUAGUGCUACCUCUACUUCUACUGUUGCUAUUAUUGCAGGGGGCCCAGCAGCAACACCUCGGGGGCCUCUCAGCUCUACAAUUGACCCCCAAGUUAAAAACAUCCUUUAA